GGCCGAGCGAGGCGCACGCGCGCGUUCUAGUAUUAUAAAGAAGGGGAGCCGGCCGUCCUCUCCGCGGCCGAGGCAGAGAGCGAGGCGGCGAGCUAGAAGAGAGAGAGAGAGAGAGAGCGAGCGAGCGAGGGGGGAGUCGAUGGCCGUAGCGGCGACAUGCACUGCGGUGGUGGUGGUCGCGGCGCUGGCGGUGCUCGCGCCGGGCGCGCGCGGGCUCGCCCGGGACGACUUCCCGCCGGGGUUCCUCUUCGGCGCCGCGACGUCCGCUUACCAGAUUGAAGGCGCGUACUUGGACGACAACAAGGGGCUCAACAACUGGGACGUCUUCACCCACAGCCAGGCUGGAAGAAUCUCGGAUGGGCGCAACGGGGACGUAGCGGACGACCACUACCAUUGGUACACGGAAGAUGUGGAGAUCCUGCAAGACUUGGGUGUCAAUUCGUACAGAUUCUCGAUUUCGUGGGCGAGAAUUCUACCAAGAGGGCAGCUUGGAGGAGUUAAUCCAGCAGGAAUUGCCUUCUACAACCGUCUGAUCGACGUGCUCCUACAGAAAGGCAUAGAACCAUUCGUGACGCUGAACCAUUUCGACAUUCCGCACGAACUGGAGACCCGGUACGGCGGCUGGCUGGGCGCUGCAAUCCGGGAUGAGUUUGUGUACUACUCAGAUGUCUGCUUCAAGGCGUUCGGGGAUCGGGUCAGGUUCUGGACAACGUUCAAUGAGCCAAACCUAUUCACCAAGUUCCAGUUCAUGUUGGGUGUGUAUCCUCCAAACCGUUGCUCCCCACCGUUCGGCAACUGCAACAGCGGCGACUCGCAUCGGGAGCCAUACGUGGCGGCGCAUAACAUCCUGCUCUCCCAUGUUGCUGCUGUCCAAAACUACAAAACAAAUUAUCAGGCAAAGCAAGGUGGCUCGAUCGGGAUCGUGAUCGCGAUGAAAUGGUACGAACCACUAACGAAUUCCACGGAGGAUAUUCAGGCAGCACAACGUGCACUGUCCUUCCAGGUAGAGUGGUUUUUGGACCCAAUAUUCUAUGGUGACUACCCUAAAGAAAUGAGAGAGAUCAUAUCAUCAAACUUGCCAAAGUUUACCCCAGAAGAGAAGAAACUACUACAGUUGAACAAGGUGGAUUUCAUUGGGAUCAAUCAUUAUACAACAAUUUAUGCAAAGGAUUGCAUCUAUUCUCCAUGCAUGCUUAACACUUACGAGGGGAAUGCUCUCGUCUCCACCACCGGUGUAAGAAAUGGCAUAAAAAUUGGGAACCCUACUGCGUUCGAUCAGUACUUUGUCGUCCCAGAAGGCAUAGAACCGGCUGUCAUGUACGUUAACGACAGAUAUAAGGAUACGACUAUCUUUAUUACCGAAAAUGGCUACUCACAGCACAAUGAUACCAACAUCAAUAAGUUGAUUGAUGACAUUGAUAGAGUCAAUUACCUAAAGGGUUACCUCGCAUAUCUUUCUCUAGCAGUCAGGUGAGACAUUAUUAAGGGAGCAAACGUAGGGGGAUAUUUCGUGUGGUCUCUUGUAGACAAUUUUGAGUGGGUGUUUGGUUAUACCAUCAAGUUCGGGUUGUACCAUGUUGAUUUUGACACUCAGGAAAGGACUCCCAAGAUGUCUGCCAAGUGGUACAGAGAAUUCCUCAUGAAUUCUAGUUUGAAUCACGAUCCAAUGCAUUCACAUAGAGCAGAUAAUCCUGAUGAUAGAAAAUAUAUUGCUCUUGUUAGUUCUGAAGUUCCAUUAACAAAUCUAGCAUUGGACAGUGGUUCUGUAUUUGUUUAGAGUUGACCCAUCCAUGUUGAAAUGUAGAGCUGGGACAUAAUAUACAUUAUUAUACAAUACCAUUGUACAAUUGAUUUAGUUAUGGACUUGUUCAUGGAUCAAAAUGCAUUGAAGUUUCAACAUAUAAAUGCACGAGGAGAAAUUAAUGGAUCAAA